AGGAAAGGCUUUGGGGGAGAGGAGCCAGUCCCUUUAAAAAAUGUAUCUUCUUCUUUCCCCAAUACCUGGCCUUUUCCCUUUAAAUAUUGGGGUCCCAAGACCCUCUUUAGAAAAAGCAUGAAACACAAUGUUUCCUGCGGAUCUGUGUUCUUUCCUGGGCAUGUCCUCAACCUCAGCACAUAAACCUACUGAAAAGUGAUCAGGACUCACCUUGGUCAUUUUUCUUUGGUUUACAUUUUCUAAGCUACAGACCUGUGCAGCAUGUGACUAUAGUGAAUACUGCAGAUAACUGCAACAUGAUGGUACUUGUGUCUCUAAAGGUCUCAACACAGAAAAGCGACAGUAAAUAUAUGGUUUGAAAGAUAAAAGUGGUAUACCUCUAAAGGGCACCGUAGCAUUAUAGUAUUUGUCUCUGUCCAAGGUUCCUGGCUCAUAACUUCUAUAGCCCUCAUUAUAGUCUUGUUAUAGUGCUGGGACACUUUAGGCUCAGAAAAAAAGACUCUCUUUCGUUGACUUUCUCCUGCUCUUCUUUCACCUGCCCAAGGCAGGACUCUCAUUUGAUUGCGCAUCAUGAGAUUUUCAUUCCAGAGAGGUUCCUGCCCCAUCCUCAGGAGGAGGGAAUGCUGCACAGAGAGACCAAGAAGAAUCUGGAUAGGCCUUGCUGGGUUUCCCCGUCUCAGUCAACUAGUGUUAGAUCAUCCCUUCUGGUCCAGUUGCAUUUGUAUAUGGUUGUCAAUCAUGCCUACCCAAUGAUGACGUCCACUGAAGGCUCAAAAGGAUAGGGCUCAGAGAGCUUCUGGAAAGCUGAACACGUGGAGGCUGAUAGGAGACUGACAAAACUCAUCCCGGGGCCAGGAUGGUGGCACACCCCAACCCCACAGAAGACCCUGGGCUAGGGACCCCUCCAGACUCACCCUAUGUAUCUCCUCAUCUAGCUGUUUGUUUGUAUCACAUAAAAUACCGUUUGUAAGAAACCAGUAAACAGGUGUUUCCCUGAGUUAUGUGAGCACUUUAGCAAAUUAAUCAAACCCAAAGAAGGGUUUACUCACUGCUAGCACCACUUGAAGCUGGUCGGUCAGAUGUUCUGGAGGCCUGGACUUGCUAUCGUGGGAAGGAGAGGAGUCUUAGAGACUAAGCCCACAAGUUGUGGGAUCUGAUGCUAUCUCCAGGCAGACAGUGUCAAAAUUGAACUGGAGGACACCUAGCUGAUGUCCCCUCCAAAACUGCUUGCUUGCUUGGUGUGUGGGGAGAAAUUCCCCUCUAUGUGGUCAUAGAAGUCUUCCAUGUUGAUGGUGGUUGUGCUUUGACAGCAGAGGAAAAACACAUUUGCCUUGGUUUUUCCACACACAGGCACUUACCAUGAAUGGAGCUUGAAGGACUGGAAGUUGCUCUGGAUGCUUUUCCCAGGACAGCCAGAUAGCCAUGGUGUUUCAGGAGAGGCCUCAGAAUGAGACCUAUGAAGUGAAGAUGAACAAUGACACAGAGGCCUGCAGUGAGCCCAGCUUGCUGUCCACAGAGAUGCAGUAUGUUCUGCUGAUUCCUUCUGUUCUACAAGAAGGCUCCUUGGAUAAAGCUUGUGCCCAGCUUUUUAAUCUCACUGAAUCUGCUGUUCUUGUGGUCUCCCUCAACUAUGGUGAAAUCCAGACCAAAAUAUUUGAAGAGAAUGUUACUGGAGAAAAUUUCUUCAAAUGCAUCAGCUUUGAGGUUCCUCAGGCCAGAUCUGACCCACUGGCUUUUAUUACAUUUUCUGCUAAAGGAGCCACUCUCAAUCUGGAAGAGAGGAGAUCUGUGGCUAUCAGAUCCAGAGAGAAUCUGGUCUUCAUACAGACUGAUAAACCUUUCUACAAGCCUGGACAGAAAUUGAUGUUUCAAGUUGUGUCUCUGGAUGAUCAUUUGAAGCCAGUUGAUGAAAUGUACCCAGUGAUCACCCUUAAGGAUCCAGAAGGCAAUCGAAUACAACAGUGGAUGAAUGAAGAGUCUGUGGGAGGUAUUCUACAACUCUCCUUCCAGUUAAUCUCAGAGCCCAUCCUUGGAUGGUAUCAAAUCACUGUGGAGAUGCUUAAUGAGAAGAAAACAUAUCACUUAUUCUCUGUGGAAGAAUAUGUGUUACCCAAAUUUCAAAUGACUGUGGAAGCACCGGAAAGUAUCUUGGUUGUGGACUCUGAAUUCAAAGUUAAUGUCUGUGCCUUAUAUACCUAUGGUGAACCUGUGGACGGGAAGGUCCAACUUAGUGUGUGCAGAGAAUCUACUGCUUAUCAUUCCUGUGCUCAUCUUCUCAGUUCACUCUGUAAAAAUUUUACCACUCAGUUAGGGAAAGAUGGCUGUGUCUCCAAGUUUAUUAACACAGAUGCUUUUGAGUUAAAUCGGGAAGGAUACUGGAAUUUCCUUGAAGUGCAUGCUCUUGUUACAGAAGAUGGAACAGGUGUACAGCUUACAGGCUCCAAGUCCAUAUACAUAGACUCAUCAAUGGUGAAGAUUAGUUUUAAGAAUAUGGAUAUGUCCUACAAACAGGGACUCCCUUAUUUUGGACAGAUUAAAUUGCUUAAUCCAGACAACUCUCCAAUCCCCAAUGAAGUUGUCCAGUUGCAUCUGAAGGACAAAAUUGUGGGCAACUACACCACAGAUGUAAAUGGCAUUGCCCAAUUUUUCUUGGACACAUCUACGUUUACAUACCCAAAUAUCACUUUGAAAGCAGCCUACAAGGCUAAUGAAAAUUGCCAGGCUCGUGGCUGGGUGUUGCCUCAAUACCCGCAACCCGAGUACUUUGUAUACCGAUUUUACUCCAAGACUAAUAGCUUCAUAAAGAUUGUCCAAGAGAUGGAAGAACUGAGAUGCCACCAGCAGAAGAGGGUGCUAGUGCACUACCUUCUCAAUAUGGAAGACUUGGAAGACAAAACCUACACGGCAAACUUCAAUUAUUUGAUGAUUUCAAAAGGUGUAAUCAUUCUUCAUGGGCAACAGAUAAUUGAGAUCAAUGAUAAUGGAAAGAAGGGCAUAUUUUCCAUUUCUAUAGAUGUUAGCCCUGAGUUAGCACCCUCAGUAGGUCUGCUUGUCUAUAGCUUGCAUCCUGGAGGAGAAAUGGUCAUGGACAGUGCCCAAUUCCAAAUUGAGAAAUGCUUCAAAAAUCAGGUUAACUUAAAUUUUUCUAAAGAAAAAAGUUUACCAGGAUCCAGUAUCGAUCUUCAAGUCUCGGCUGCUUCAAACUCUGUCUGUGCUCUAUGGGCUGUAGACCAGAGUGUGUUGCUGCUAAGGAAUUACGGUCAGCCAUCCGCACAAAGUGUGUAUAAUAAACUAUAUUCCAGGGAACUACAUGGCUAUUAUUUCAAAGGACUUAACUUAGAAGAUGGCCUUAAAGCGCCGUGUCUUAAAGACGAACAUGUCCUUUACAAUGGAAUUUAUUACACACCUGCGUGGGCGGACUUUGGAAAAGACGCCUAUGACCUUGUGAAGGCAAUGGGAUUAAAGGUUUUUACCAACUCUCACCUCCGAAAGCCAGUAUUGUGCAAGGAUUCCAACCAUCCUGACUAUGCUGAUCACGUUUCCUUAGAGGAUUCAAAGAUUGGGAAGGAAUUUUAUGGUGAAACCCUGAGAAUAUCAUUUCCUGAAACUUGGGUUUGGAAUCUUAUUACAACUGACUCCACAGGUGCAGCCAACCUUAAACUUACUGUUCCAGAUACCAUUACACAAUGGAAAGCCAGCGGAUUCUGCAUGAAUGACAGAGCUGGAUUUGGCCUCUCACCAACUGUCUCCAUGACAGCUUUUCAGCCCUUCUUUGUGGACCUCACUGUGCCCUAUUCGGUGAUUCGAGGAGAAGCAUUUACUCUGAAGGCCAAUGUCUUCAACUACCUGAACAGAUGUAUUCAGGUAAACACUGUACUGAGAGCAUCUAGUGUUUAUGAAGCCAGACUUCUCUCAACUGAGCAUGAAAAUAUUUGUAUAUGUGGCAGUGAGAAAAAAUCCUUUACUUGGCUGGUUACCCCCCAAAUACUGGGUACAGUCAACCUCACUGUCACUGCUGAAACCCUCCAAAAUAGUGGCUGCAGGAAUGGGUCAUCCACAGCUCCAGACAUGGGCUGGCGGGAUACACUGAUCAAACCCUUGCUGGUAGAGCCUGAAGGUAUUGAAAAGGAGGUGACACAGGGCUCACUUAUUUGUACAAAUGGAUCCACAGUAUCUCAACCAGUAGUGCUAACUUUACCAGAUAAUCUUGUAAAAGAUUCACCUAGAGCUUACUGGUCUGUCCUUGGAGAUCUUCUUGGUUCUGCCAUGCAAAACUUACAGAAUCUUCUUCACCUUCCUUUUGGUUGUGGAGAGCAGAAUAUGGCCCUAUUCACUCCCAACAUUUACAUCUUGGACUAUCUGAGUCAGACUCAACAACUGACAGAAGAGAUCAAAUCCAAGGCUAUUGGAUACCUGACCACAGGCUAUCAGAGGCAGCUGUCUUAUAAACACUUAGAUGGAUCAUAUAGUACCUUUGGACAUAAAGAUCAACAUGGACAUACAUGGCUCACUGCAUUUGUUUACAAGUCAUUUGCACAAGCUAAACGCUACAUUUAUAUCGAUGACAAAGUUCAAUCUCAAACCCUUAUUUGGCUCUCAAAUAUUCAGAAACCAGAUGGCUGCUUCCUGAAUUUUGGCAAAGUCUUCAACAAUGCUUUGAAGGGAAAAGAAGAUGAUGAAAUCUCUCUAACUGCCUAUGUUAUCAGUGCCCUGCUUGAAGCUGGCCACACAGUCUCGUUUACGGUUAUUCAAAAGGGUCUCCAGUGCAUAGAGACUGUAUCUAGGGAGAGAGCUGUGACUACUUAUGAACAGGCUCUCCUAGCCUACACUUACAGUUUGGUAGGCUAUGAAGACAAAAGGGAAUUCUUCUUCAAUGAGCUGAGCAAAAAAGCAAAAAGAGAAGGUGGCUCUGUGUACUGGGAACUGGAAGAGUCGUUUUCUAUGAAAGGAUCAUCGUCUUUCUACUACCCUCAAGCUUCCUCCGCAGUUAUAGAGAUGACCUGUUAUGGGCUGUUGGCUCUUCUUUCCAAGCCACGGCUAACUUCAGAAGAACUUUCCUACGCCUCUCAGAUUGUACACUGGGUGGCAAAGCAGCAAAACUCCCGUGGAGGUUUCUCUUCCACAAAGGAUACCAUUGUGGCUCUCCAAGCUCUGACUCUAUUCCAGAGGCUCACUUUCUCUAAGAGCAGACAAAAUUCAGUGCAGAUUUUCUCUGACCAAGCAUUCAAUACAGCCUUCCAAGUGAAUGACAAGAAUCGUUUGUUGCUACAACAAAUUCUAUUGCCAACAACUAAGGGAAAGUAUACAGUGGAAGUGAAUGGCAAUGGCUGUGUUUAUGUGCAGUCUACUCUGAGAUAUAACAUCCUGCUCCCUAAGAAGUCAUCUGGAUUUUCCCUUUCUGUGUAUACAGCCAACGUUUUCUGCAGAGGAUUAUUUGAUGGAAAAUUUGACCUUGUUGUUUCAGCCAGUUAUUAUGGAAAGCGCAACUCUUCCAACAUGGCAAUCAUUGAUGUGAAGAUGCUUUCAGGAUUUGUACCCGAUAGACCAUCAGUUAAGAAGCUUCAGGAAGAUGGCAAAGUACAGCGAGUAGAAAUCAAAACCACCCAUGUCUUUUUCUACCUGGAGAAUGUUACUCAAAAAGAAAUUCAGUUCUCAUUCUCUGUCAAACAAGAUGCACUGGUAUCCAACAUCAAGCCAGCAUCUGUUCAGCUUUUUGAUUAUUAUGAAACUGAUGAAUUUGCACUUGCAGAAUAUAGCACACCCUGUGGUCAGAUGUCUUUUGAAACCUUAUUCUAGGAUAAGAAGAAUGAGAUGUAAAAGAAGAUACUUUGUAACUGGGCUAUAUGUCAAGUUUGUUCCCGGAAGCGUUAAGCCUGCACUUCCCAAAAUCUUCAACUGGCAGAGACCAGGGCCAGUAGACAAAUGCUCCUGCCUUGGCCUUUAAGUCAAGAAUACUGGGAGGCAUUCCAAAUGCUUCUCAUGAAGUCCCCUUGAAAUCCAUCUCCCAGAUUUUCAGGAAGCAGCCUCCUCAACAAAUCCAUAAAUUAGCUUUUUUCCAUUUUUAUCACAGUCUCCCUGCUCUCUCACUCAUGUUUCCUGGGAUCCCCUCUGAAAUGAAUUAUCUGCAUCCAAGCCCUUACCUCAAAUUCUACCUUCAGGACAACCCAAGCAGAGAAAGCCUAUCCCAUCAAUCACUGAAUGACUAAAGAAAAUACUUUGUUAGGUAAGGAAUAUUCUAAUGUGUUGAUACUUUAGUUCUGGUACGUGUUUCUGAAGAAUUUCUCUGGGAACUGUGAAAAAGUAAGAACUCAUGUUAUAUAAAUGUAAGCAUGUUUAUUUUCCUUGGCAACUAUUGUUGAGUAAAACCUGACCAGAAUUCAUGGUUGUUUUUCUUUCCAGUAAGAACCUAUGUAUUUUUAACUUCCAUUUUAAAACUGUAUUUUCUCUUUCCAGAUAAGUUUAGCAUGAAACAAAUACACCCCUGAUCUCCUCCUCAAGCCAAUCACUUAGAGUAUCAUUUCUGAAGAUAUAUUUGUAAAGUUUCCUUGGCAAUAACAUAUUAUAUACUUGAUUUAAUUAUAAGAUCAAAUAUUCAUUAGUAUGUUAUUAAACAGAUAUAUUUUAGAAAAUUAUUUUUAUACAUGUACCUAAACUGUUUACUUAUAUGUAAUUGUUAAAAUAAAGGAAUAAAUGUAUGUUGUUGUGAGCCACAAAGUAUGAGAUAAUUUGUUAUUGCAGCAAUAGAAAACUAAUGCUCUAUCUCAUAAAUAUCUCAAACAUAAGGAACUUAAACAUUUCAAAUGUCAUUUGUCAUUCCUAGCUGCUGCCUAUCACAGUCAGUCUCCUUCCAUACCUGGUCACCCAGUCAUCUCAUUAAUGGCAGUCGCAUUCACCAGAAUCCUAUGGUGCAGGCCCCAGACUUGUGUAUUAUGCCUAUUUCUCCCUGGCUCACAGACUUUACAUUCAUUAGUAAUACGUACCUUUUAUACUUCCAAAAUCAAUGUUCUUUAAAACCUUUUUCGUUUGCUUAGAUCUCUUCUCAGUAGUUUUCCAUUGUACAUCAGAUAGCAAUGAAGGCUUUACCAUAGUGUACAAGGUUUUACAUGAACUAGCCCCUGUUUAUCUGUCAAAUAUUAUUUCAUCCCACUUUCCCACUAAAUCUCAGUGACUUCUUUCAGUUCUGGCUGUAUUCAAGUAUUCAAACCAUCCAAUAUCUAGAAAAGGCCAAACUGUGGAGACAGUGAAAAGAUCAAUGGUUGCCAGGGUUUGUAAGGAGGGAAAGAUAAUUUGGUGAAACACAAAAGGUUUUAGGGCAGUGAAACUAUGCUGCAUGACACUAUAGUGUAUGUUGGAUGCAUGUCAUUAUACAUUUGCCAAAACUCAUAGAAUGUACAACACCAAGAGUGAACUUGAAUGUGAACUAUGGUCUUUGGUGAUAAUGAUGUGUUAAGUAACUUCAUCAACUGUUAACAAAUGGACCACUCUGGUGCAGAAUAUUGAUAGUGGGGGAACCCGUCCAUAUGGGAACAGAGGGUGCUCAUGAGAGCUCUCUCACUUUCUGCUCAAAUUUUCUAUAAAACUAAAACUACUCUAAAAAUAAAAUGUUUCAUAAAGAUAUUAAGGGUAUCUUCAUUAUUGCUGCAAUAAUGGAGGUUUUAAAACCCAACCCCGACCUCAGUGGCUUCCAACAAUAAGUAUUUAUUUCUCCUUCUUAUUGAUCUAUGGAUCAGAUGUGGCUACAUUGGGCUUAUUUGGACUUAGCUAACCUUGUGCCCAGAAUGAUGACGGGUUUUAAGUCUGAUCCAUGUACCUGUCAUCCCAUGACAAGGAACUACUACAAAGGCCCUGAGUACAGAGCCUUGACUUGUUCUGUGUAAGAGAUGGGUAAAUAUGUCAGUCACUAAGUAGCAGGCAUGCAUAUCAUAGAGGAAUGCUAAUUAAAUAAGGUUGUUGGGUUUUUUUUUUUUGAGACUGAGUUUCCCUCUUGUUACCCAGGCUGGAGUGCAAUGACAUGAUCUCGGCUCACUGCAACCUCCACCUCCUGGCUUCAGGCAAUUCUCCUGCCUCAGCCUCCUGAGUAGCUGGGCUUACAGGCACGUGCCACCAUGCCCAGCUAAUUUUUUGUAUUUUUAGUAGAGACGGGGUUUCACCAUGUUGACCAGGAUGGUCUGGAUCUGUUGACCUCGUGAUCCACCCGCCUCGGCCUCCCAAAGUGCUGGGAUUACAGGUUUGAGCCACCGCACUGGGCUAAAUAAGUUUUAAUCAUUUUUGUUGUUGUUAUAAAGAGUGCCUGUAGCUCCUGAAUCAAUUUCUAAAAAUUGUGCCUUCCCAAACAUUUAUUCUUUGGUCAGCUUUUUAACGUAUUUUUUCCUUAAUCCUCAUUGGCAUCACUAUGGACCUAUGCAUGAUUUUCCAAUAAAAUAAAAGAAGGCGU